UUUAGUACACCAGUGUUGGAUCCUAGAAGAAUUUUCAUGAAACUGAUUCAUUUGAAUUGUAUUUAGAAUGUAAAAUCUACACAUUAUGGCAAAUUAUUCAGGAUAUUCAUCAAAAAUUUUGGUAUCAAAUAUCCCAAAUAACUUUUCCAAAUUAAAGCUCAAGUUGAAAUUGGAAGAAGUUGUUGGUGACGGAUGUAUUGAAGACUAUGAACAGAUCAAUGAUAACCUUGUAAAGAUAACAGUAGUGAAUAUUGGAGCCCAACAAAAUUCGCUGGAUUCAUGUAUUUCUCUGACAUUUGGUGGGCAGAAACAUGAAUUGAAAUUAAAAUAUUUGGAGGAAGAUAAUGCGGGUACAGGAAUUUAUACUUUUUUGGUAUCUGAAGCAUAUCCAAAGCCAAUACUGAACUACCUGAGUAAAAGCCGAAAACACACUGAAGAAAUCAAAAAAAUGCUGGAACAACAUAAUUUAAAAUUGCUGCAUAUAUCUCCCGAAAAGAUUGAAGUUCAGAAUGCUGUGGGAUUUAUCAAAAGUGAAGAAGAUUGUGGAGAAUGUAUACAAAGAUUUCUUAAAUUAUAUUCUUCAUGGAAUGAGAAGCUUGAAAAUAGUUCUGUGGCUGAUAUCAAACAUAUCAAAACAGUUCUUGCAAAGUAUAAAGAUGAAUGUUACUAUCGUUGGUUCAAUGAUUCAUCAACUAUUCUUGUUAUUGGACCAAAGACUAUUGUUGAAGAGGUUCAGAAUUUGAUAAAUGAUCAUUUAGUGAAAUCACCCAAGAAAAUACCACCUCCAGAAAAUUCUACUGCACUGUCUUUUAAUUAUGAAGGGAUUUAUACUUUUUUGGUAUCUGAAGCAUAUCCAAAGCCAAUACUGAAUUAUCUCAGCAAAAGCCCAAAGCACACUGAAGAAUUCAAAAAAAUGCUGGAGCAAUAUAAUUUGAAAUUGCUGCAUAUAUCAUCUGAAAAGAUUGAAGUUCAGAAUGCUGGAGAAUUUGUCAAAAGUGAAGAAAAUUGUGGAGAAUGUAUACAAAGAUUUCUUGAAUUAUAUUCUUCAUGGAAUGAGAAGCUUGAGAAUUGUUCUGUGGCUGAUAUCAAACAUAUCAAAACAGUUCUUGCAAAGUAUAAAGAUGAAUGUUACCAUCGUUGGUUCAAUGAUUCAUCAACUAUCCUUGUCAUUGGACCAAAGACUAUUGUUGAAGAGAUUCAGAUUUUGAUAAAUAAUCAUUUAGAGAAAUCACCCAAGAAUAUGCCACCUCCAGCAAAUUCUACUGCGCAGCCUUUUAAUUAUGAAGAUGUUGAACCUGCGAUCAUGCGCUUUGUAUCGUUUGCAGAGACAUACAAGCAACAUUUGUCUUUAUGGUUAACUGGUUUAGCCAAUGUCGAAAUUGUUGAAAAAGAUAAAACUUUAUCAGUUCAUGUUUCUCCUACUCAGAUUUCACGUGCAAGACUUCAUCACGAUUUCGAAACUGCAUGCAGAAUCAAGUUGGAACAGUUUUUUAAGCAGUUUGCUGUGUGGAAAGGAAAAGUUGAUCUGACUGUGAUAGCUAGGCAAAAGCAUCACCGACCUCAUUUAUUUCAAACCAAAAAUUUUCAAGAUCAUUUUGUUCAGUGGUUUAUGGAUACUGGUGUUGUUAACGUUGUUGGCAUUUCUUGGAAAGUACAACGCUGUCGAUGCAUGCUGGAAAAAUUACUGGGUGCUUCACAAAUACAUUCAUCAGCAGACAGUCAACCUUUUCCCCCUCCUGCUUCGGUACAUGGUCAACCUUUUCCACCUGUUUCGAUAUAUGGUCAACCUUUUCCACCUCCUGCUCCGUUACAUGGUCAACCUUUUCCCCCUCCUGUUUCGGUACAGGGUCAACCUUUUCUAACUCCUGUUCCGAUACAUGGUCAACCUUUUCCAACACCUGUUUCGAUACUGCAUGUCCUACGUCCACAACAAGUGAUGAAUGCCCCACCUAUUCAACUUCGUGGCAAUCCUGUUCAGACUCUGCAUCCUUUGCCAGUAUCACCAACUGCAAAUGGGGUUACAUCAAAUCACUAUUUGGAAAGAUCACGUAAAUUGUCAUCAGAAGAUUACAGUGAUGAUUCAUCAUCUUCUUCGAAAGGUGAUUCUACGACUCCUGUACAAUUUGAUACAAAAGAUUAUAAACCUGCAGUAUUGAAGUUUGUUUUCAAUGACGCUGUUGCUAAAAAAGAUCUUGGAUCGUGUUGUGGUAAACUUGCAAAAGUGUCAAUCACCAAUGAUCAAGGACAGAUUAAAGUUCACAUCACUUUCAGAAAAAAGCACCCCAGUGAUGCUGAUAAAUCGAGAGCUCUGGAACAAGUUGGGAACUACUUCAAACAAUUUUCAGCAGAAACAAAUAAAAUAUAAUGUCAAUAAAUGAAAACGUCAUGAAAGAGUUUCCUAAAUUAUUUUGUAAAGAACCUGGUGUUUCUGUUCAGGCUUUCCCUAGUAGUGGGACAAUAAAUUAUGCAGGUGAGUAAUACUGUGUGUAUUCAAUUCGGUAUCUUGUAAAUAUUUAUUCUUCAUCUCUUUGUAUUUUGUAUAUGCUGCUCCAAGGAACAUCUGCUAUUCAGGAUCUAAUUUUUGUUUUACCUAAAUGUACUAUUAAUUUUCAUUCAAGUAUUCGUGUGAUUCCAUGACUAAAGUACCACGAG